UACGUCCAGAAGUAUUUCCAACAACAUGAGCCUCCAGGACUUCGGUCUUAACUUGCCCAGAAACCAGGUUUCCGUGGGGAGGAGGAAGUGACCUAACUGACAUGUUUAUCCUGGAUGAUGCGGUACUCCGCAUUCGACAAUGGCUGCGAAAAUGUAUGGAAGAGCAUCAGGAAUGCAGCAUGAAUCUCAAGACGCCCCUUCCACGUCGUGUGGUUGAUAUAGGACUUUCCGACGCGGACAAGGUCUUAUUAUACGAACCUGGACAGUCCGAUGCAUGGUCGCCAUACGUUGCUGUAUCCUACUGUUGGGGAACCCAGGGAAAUCUCAUGACCACCAAGGAGAACAUCAGCAUCCACAAACGUCAGAUCGAAUGGAAGCUGAUCCCAUCCACACUCCAAGAGACUAUCUCACUCACUCGAAAAUUAGGGAUCCGCGAUAUCUAGAUUGAUGCGUUGUGCAUUAUUCAGAACGAUAGCGAGGAUUGGGGUUGUGAAUUAGUCAGAAUUGAAGAUUAUUAUCAGAAUGCCCGACUAGUCGUAGCUGCCACUCGAUCCCCGAAUGCCAAAAGCGGCUUGUUUGGUCCACGAUUACAAGUCACCGAUUCCUUUUGGAAUAUGUCAGGUCCGUCCACCUUUAACACCAAGCAAUUGGAUGUGUCCACUUGGCUAGGGAGCCCGAAGUAUCAAGUUCAUGUCCGUGAGGGUUUGCUUGAGCAUAGGUAUGGGG